AUAUAAACUAUAGUUUGCGUUUGGCGUAAACGCAACAGAAUCGGUAUAAUGAUUACACCCCAGCACAAUCCCCAGUAUAUUUGUUAUGAUGCGAAGAAAGUACAACAUUUCGUGCCCUGUCUAACCCGGGGCUGCAUGGCCAGUUUGUGGAGCUGAACGAGGCCUACAGGGUGCUGAGUAAGGAGGUGUCCCGGAGAGAGUACGACCUGCGGCUACAGCACCCUUUUCCCGGGGGACAGGCCUUCAGACCCACCUCCACACAACCCCAGGAGAGUAUGCGCUACUAGGAUCAGUUCAAACCCUGUCAACCUGAGGAGUGGGGGAGGAAGAUGAACUUUAGAAUAAUUAGCUACUGUAUGCUCAUCAUGUGACUGAGCUUCUCUUCAGGUGUCUCUCUCUCUCUUCCGGUCACACAGACAUGAGAAGAACAGGUCAUCAAGCAGAUCUACAAUGAGGGCAAGAGCGAACAGGUUUAAGAAGCAGACAGAGAUUCUCAGACAGAAUUCUCAGGAGAAACACAAAAUCACUUGCAACAAGUAGGAGUUUAGUAGAAUACGAGCACAUCGUAAAUCAAGGGGGAUUGAUUUGGCCGAACACCUCGGAAGAGGAAUGGAGUCAUUCAGGAAGGGGAGUGAACGGUUGAUUGAGUUAGGAGUAGUUAACUUUUUCAGUGGUUUGUGGCAGACGUUGAUGAUGUGCACAGCUCUCGUUUGCUUGGACCUUGGAUAUUAAGCCAAGGAGUUAAAAAACAAGUGUGUAAUACCUGGGUGAAACGGAAACAGUAAUGGGGCACUUUUCUUUGUCACAGUAAAGCCUCGCCCCACAGCCAUUCUAGGUUUCUCCAGGAGGAGAAUACGUUGUGGAGGUUUGGUCUGGUAUCACAAGACUAACAGCAGUAGGUCAUUAGCAGCACAUCUCUUCCGCUAUUGGAUGGAACCAAGACUCCUGUUAGCCAGUUGCUAAUUGGUUUGCAUACCCGUGACAUGAUGUUUUCCCCCACAGCCGUUCAGAGGCAGUCUCAACAAGACUGUGUGAAUUUGCCCACUGGAGAUGGGGCAUUCCAGAUAUUGUAAACUUCAGUGUUCCGUAAUGUAAGUCUAUGACUGCGUACUGUAAAGACUUUAAUCAAAGGUAGAAUCCCUUAAUGACAGAAAGGGGGUGCUCUGCACAGCUGCCCUUGAACCACUGGGAUUCAGUCAUUGCUCUCUGUGUCAAUGAUAUCAUGGAUCUUUUGACUCUGCUACUGGGCCCAUGGUGGACCCAAAUACAGUCAUAAAAAUAUACUGUUCGGGACAGGAGUUUUUCCUGACAAUGUUACCUACAUGCAAUAUUUAGGGCCUUCUGCUUUUCCUGGUUUGUGAUGAGGAACAACUGUCCCUAGAUAUACUAUAUACUUUCCCAUUGAAAGGACAUGGAAUCAAAAGACAUUUUGAAAAUUAAGUCACAUUAGGACUUUUUAAAAUGGUAUUUAAUUGUGCACUUCUCUGAUGUUGAAGAUUUCAUUUUAGGAAUGGUAAUUAUACUAUGGAAAGUACUGAAGUGCCACGCAGGCAGAUUUAUUGAGAUUAGAAAUGUAUUUCAUUUAUUGCUGUUGUGACGGCCAACCGACACUUACCAUAAGUCACAGAUUGUGUUUCAGUGAUGUUUAAUGACAGCCUUAACUCUUCACGGUGUCGUGGAGUCAUGCAAUGAUGAAGAACUUAGUAAACACUGUUCCUCUGACCUCAACCAACAACCUCCAAUGUUUCAUUUUGAGUUUGUUUCUCACCUGAUUCCACGCUCGCAUGUCCUGUCAGGUUUGGGAGUGAGCGAGUGGUGCAGUGUGUGUUAAUGACUCUAUGGCCUUGUGUUGUUUCUCAAGCCCUUAGCUGAAACCACAGGAGAUAACAGGUCCCCGCAUACCGACAUCCCCUAUGUAGUGCACAAGUGCCCCCUCAUAACCAAAACACACCAAACUGACAGAGACUCUUCUGUCGACGUAAAGACAAACUGAUGGGAGACAGGGUUCACUGUACGGUCUGUGCUGCUGAUCAAGGUUUUGUAAGCCUCUGACUGUGACCUAGUACUGCUGAUCAAGGUUUUGUAAGCCUCUGACUGUGACCUAAAUUAGUUGUGCAAAUGUAUUAUUCCUACCAAAUAAAUGAUUAAUAUCAAUUCACUGGGGGUCAGUUAGUGGUCUGUGUGUUUUAUGUGUCUGUCUGUGAGAGCUUGGAUGUGGAUAUGGGUGAAUGAUAUAAAGAGAUCAUAGUGCAAUAAAAUGACCCCCUUUAUUGUAUCGUUAUUAUAAAAUGUAUUAUGUGGCUGAGAAAGUGGAGUGGUAAAUUAUUGAUUGACCUGCUGAAUGACGAAUUGAAGGGCGACGUUCACCUGUGUCCAGUGCGCGGGUGCGUCCAUGUCAUUUUGAAAAAGUUGGCAGUGCAAAGGUUACGCGGAAUUCGGAGUGCGUCGAGUGGAGUGCGCCUUUUAAUUGUGAUCUGAAGGGCAAAGGACAUGAGCAACCAAUCAUAGCAGACCAAGAGACGCUGUCAAGGACCCUUCUCUUUGUGGACUGCUCUGGCACCAUUAACUUCUAUAUGUUAUUAUCAAAGAGGACAAAAGGAUAAGUCGCGGCGGCACAUGCGUCUUCAACGAAACGUCAUCUAGGCUAUUUCUCCGAGACACCGCUGUGGAUAGGCUGCGCAGUGUCAUGAGAUGUGCGUUCGGCACCGUAGCCUCUGUGAUUCAAGACAUUAGUGUUGGAUCGUAAAUAAGUGCUUUUUGUCCUUUUUAAACGUUUUUAGAGACAAGGAUACAAUAUCGCAAAAUAUCUUAUCGGGACUAUAAAUGGACCUGUAGUCACGCUACUACUGACGCUCAACCACGGACCGUUUCAUGGGUUUCUGGCCAACAAUGGGCGAAUGUAACCGGUUUACAUACCCGAACCUCUGGCUUUGGAAUAUUGGGGGCCAUCAUUCAAAGUUCACACAACUCUCAGUAAAAUAGAUGCAACCAAACUGUAUUGAAUUGAACGUGAACGACUGAGAUUUAUUAAAUUAGGCUAUUUGUCAAUAUGCAGGCUAUUUGUCAAUAUGCAAAAUGCAUAUGUGUGCGCUUGAUUGCAAAGAAUGAUUUGGCCGAUUGAUGGCAUUCGAUUAUAAAUUGUUAUAUUGUAGCCAAAUACAUUGUGCAAUUGUUGAUGAAUUGAUGAAAGUUACAAUCUCAAGCCACUCAUUUGAGUGUUAGCCUACUCAUUUGCCAUAGACGGAUUCAUAAUUACUUGUAUGUAUACAUUCAUAUAUUUCACGUUCUUAACAAACGGAAAGGGAAUGCCACCCCGGCUGUCAAUCCAUAACAUAGAACCUAAGGACUGCAGAUUGAAUAUUGAUUGAGUGGAGUGAAAAGACAAAAGAAAAUCAUCAAUUAAUUUACGGAAAAUUAGGCUUUUUGGAGUUCUGCACAAUGGGGAUUAUGCUUCAAGUUAUUCUAGGAAUGUUUCAGUUCCUCUUGCUCUCCAGAAUACCCACGUCCCAUGCUAAGCUAGCCCACUGGAGACCUGCGGACACCACCCCCAAAUCUAGAGAAGUGCGUCGGUGGUUGGAGGUGUACUCUCGGAGUGGUUGUGAGCCCAGGGAUACCCUGGUGGAGGUGUGGCGGGAGUUCCCAGGAGAGACGCAUCACCUCUUCGUGCCUUCCUGUGUGUCGGUCCGCCGCUGUGGUGGGUGCUGCUCCGACGAGGCACUGGAGUGUGUGCCCUCACUCACACACUCUAUCACCAUGGAGCUAAUGAAGACCUCCUUCAUGAAGCAUGAGCUCAUUGAGCUGGACUUCGUUGAGCACAGCCAGUGUGAGUGCAGACUAAAAGAGAAUCUUCAAUCAGCCCCUACCAGGCCUGCAAAGCCUCUGAGGAAAGGCAGGAAAAGGGAGAGAGGAAAAUCCAAACGAAAGAAAAGUGGAACUAUACCCUCCUCUCCCCCCACUACACCCUCUCCUCCCCCGACCAUCCCGUCUCCCUUGCCAGGCCCUCGAUGUACCCCCUGUCCUGGGAGGAAGUGGACACUCGAUUUGCAUUCGUGUCGGUGUCGCUGCAACGUGACCACAGAGAGCUGCAGUCAGAAAGGGAGGAGGCUCAACCAGCACCUCUGCAGAUGUGAGGCCAGGAGGCGGUGAUGCUCUUUCUCUCCGCUGGUUCCAGACUCACUCUCAUCCAUGCUCAUCCACUCUCAUCCAUGCUAAGCAGAAGUCUGGGUAACAAAGAGGAGUGGAGGAUGUACCCCUAACUCUCCUCUUCCUUGUCCUCCAGAACCACCAAGUCAGUGCAGUAUUACAGCGUAAAUAUAUGUACCUGUGUGUAGAGCUGUAUAUGUGUAGUCAGUCUCAUCACACAUCUUCUUCAGGCGCUUAGCUGCUAUCGUCCAGUCAACAUGUAUGUAACACUCUCCUUCACAAGAGUAAAUGAUGGGACCAAAUGUAAAGCACAGUUUAGAUGUCUGGUAACAUGAGGGCGAUGUGAGGUAGUGAGUCGCCAGGACGUUAGUUGUGGACCAGACAGAAUUCAACACUCACACCUCCAAUGCUGUAUGGGACAUUGGGACUUUGGACAUGAAGAGGAUUUAAAGACUGAUCACAGAUCAGAUUUAACAGACGUGUUCAUGUUGAGUUUUGUUGUCUUCAUAGACACGGUGGGUCAGUUUUGCCCAUGAACUGCUAUUGGACUGUUUUGCAGAAAGACAAUGGCAACAGACAUAAUGAUCCUGAUAUUGAUACGUGUGUUAUAUUUUGUGUACAGAGAGACCCCCCGAUAGGAGAAUGAUUCCAGGGUCAAGUCAUUAAAGUGCAGUAAGGAUAUAGAAUAGUGAAUGAACAUACAUGCACACACACACACACAUGUACACACACACAUGCACACACGUACCAGCUAUUUGUUGUGUGUAUAAUGCCGUCAGGGAUACCCCAUGGACCUAUAGCUAAGUGAGUUGAAUAGCUGCAUAGACUGUAUCUACGUGGUCUACACACUGAAUGGCACAGAUGGGUUAACAUGCCACAGUUAGUCUCUCUUAUUCACAGCAUAUGGUCACUGGCUGGAUCACUGAGGGGUUUUACAGGCUGGAUCACUGAGGGGUUUUACAGGCUGGAUCACUGAGGGGUUUUACAGGCUGGAUCACUGAGGGGUUUCACACGCUGGAUCACUGAGGGGUUUCACACACUGGAUCACUGAGGGGUUUUACAGGCUGGAUCCUUGAGGGGUUUCACAGGCUGGAUCACUGAGGGGUUUUACAGGCUGGAUCACUGAGGGGUUUUACAGGCUGGAUCACUGAGGGGUUUCACACGCUGGAUCACUGAGGGGUUUUACAGGCUGGAUCACUGAGGGGUUUUACAGGCUGGAUCACUGAGGGGUUUCACACGCUGGAUCACUGAGGGGUUUCACAGGCUGGAUCCUUGAGGGGUUUCACAGGCUGGAUCCUUGAGGGGUUUCACAGGCUGUAUCCUUGAGGGGUUUCACAGGCUGGAUCCUUGAGGGGUUUCACAGGCUGGAUCCUUGAGGGGUUUCACAGGCUGGAUCCUUGAGGGGUUUCACAGGCUGGAUCCUUGAGGGGUUUCACAGGCUGGAUCACUGAGGGGUUUCACAGGCUGGAUCCUUGAGGGGUUUCACAGGCUGGAUCCUUGAGGGGUUUCACAGGCUGUAUCCUUGAGGGGUUUCACAGGCUGGAUCCUUGAGGGGUUUCACAGGCUGGAUCCUUGAGGGGUUUCACAGGCUGGAUCCUUGAGGGGUUUCACAGGCUGGAUCCUUGAGGGGUUUCACAGGCUGGAUCACUGAGGGGUUUCACAGGCUGGAUCCUUGAGGGGUUUCACAGGCUGGAUCAUUGAGGGGUUUUACAGGCUGGAUCAUUGAGGGGUUUUACUGGCUGGAUCAUUGAGGGGUUUUACUGGCUGGAUCAUUGAGGGGUUUUACUGGCUGGAUCAUUGAGGGGUUUUACAGGCUAGAUCACUGAGGGGUUUUACUGGCUGGAUCAUUGAGGGGUUUUACAGGCUGGAUCAUUGAGGGGUUUUACAGGCUGGAUCACUGAGGGGUUUUACAGGCUAGAUCACUGAGGGGUUUUACUGGCUGGAUCAUUGAGGGGUUUUACAGGCUAGAUCACUGAGGGGUUUUACUGGCUGGAUCAUUGAGGGGUUUUACAGGCUGGAUCACUGAGGGGUUUUACAGGCUGGAUCACUGAGGGGUUUUACAGGCUGGAUCACUGAGGGGUUUUACAGGCUGGAUCACUGAGGGGUGUUCUGUCAUCUGUUUGAUUUGGUUUUUGUCUCCAUCUCUCCGCUCUGGAGUGAAUGAGCUGUUCACGCCGACAGGGCAGUGAGGGGAAUGACAAUGAUGAGGCUUGGCUAUGGUCCAAGGGUUCACAUACACACACUUCUGAUUAGAAAUGAAUGCAAUAUAAGAGUCUAAAUAAGUCCAAAUGUUUGUUGUAUUUUGGCAUCAUUUUGUCCAGUUGACUUAUUAGAUGUUGUAUAUUGUGGAAUGUUUCUUUGUUUUGUUUUUAUUUGUCCGUAAUCCGUCUACAUAAAGAGUCCCUCUGGGUGGCCGACAAAGACCACUAGGUAGACAUCAGGCAUUUAAACAUAUCGCCACCUGUGUAGAAUUUUAAACAGGCUGGAUGGCCACAAAAUCGGACACAAUAUACAUUCUAAUGGGUAACUAAAAUAAUCACCAGAAAAAUGAUGUCUAGCAAAUAGCCAUUCCCACUGCAGUAAAAAUAAACCACUUAGUUCUCUGUCUGUGUGGGAUAUGUAGAGCUGUGGGGUUAGGAUACAGCUACAAUAUUGGUUAGAACCCCAUUCAACACUGAAAAUGGUUCAUUUCUACUUAACAUUGUUCAAGCUUCCAAUCUGUACCUCUUCUUAGCAGUGCUGGAACCCCACUAAUGUAAUUCCUGAGCCUGUGUCACAUUCCAAAUGUUAUUCCACUGACAUUCCUUUUUAUAUUGUCCUUUUAUUUCAAACUCAAACUAAGUCUAUCUUCACUAAGCAAUAAGUAUGGUCUCUGAUUCAGACUGAGAUGAUCCAUAUGAGUAUUUUAGCUGAAGUUGUAGCAGAUUCCUCUCCAAAAUAUGAGAUAAAACUCUGACAUAUCAGCGAUUUCUCUGAACUCUGCCUGUUAACAGAUAUAUAGCUGAGGGAUUUGUGAGCUGUAUGUGACGUGUGUUUGAAUUCAGGCUCUGAGGUUGGUCCUGUGAGGGCAGUCAGACCAGACACAGAUCUACUGAAUGUGCCUCCCCUCCAUAUAGCUGGAAGCAUCUGUGAGCUCCUCUCCUCUGAAUGGUGGCCAAUGAAUGCCAACCCAAAACCCCCAAGGUAUAUUUCGCAAAGCGUCAUUGUCUAGCUGUGUGUUGGUCCACAGGAAACUUGUCAGUUACAGAAAGACAGGGACUAAAUGCUCUAUUCAAGCAGUAGUAUACUACCCAUGUCCAUGACAUAGUCUAAAUGAAUGUGCUGGUUGCUCCUCUUGUCUGCACGCACCUAGUCUUCCCUCAACCACCUUGUUGUAGACCCACGAGUUGGACAAAGUGAGUCUACUGUAGACUGUCCAGGUAGACCUAUUCUAGCCCCCAUGGUCUUAUACUCAGCUAUAGCAGGCAGACCCUGACUAAACAUACAUAAUAAUAUCUUAUGUCUUAUAUCCAACCACCAUCUUGUGUAUGAUGUAGAGCAUACUUUAGAAUGUUGUGUAAUUCAUUCCAACUAUACUCCCAUGUUAGACUGCGUUGUGAUGUGUAUAUCACUGAUACUAUUUAUGCUGCUACACCUUUUGUGCCCAAUCUGAUGUAAGUGUGCAACUGUCUGUACCAUGCAGAAUAGGCCUAUAUUAUGUCUGAUUAAUCAACUCGAUGUCUAUGUAAACAAAGCAUACUGUCCUAUUGAAGAUGUUAAUACUACCAGGAAAUGUUCAAAACAACCAUGAUACAAUGUUCCAGAUAUUAUUAAAUGAAACGUGUUAUUUUUCGUAAAAGGUA